AUGUCAACCCUGACCGAAAUUGCUUCGGAAGAAGCCUUCAAUAAUCAUGUCUCCUCCAUCCCUCCAUCCGCCCUCUUAGUUCUCUAUUUCCACACUCCCUGGGCUGCGCCGUGCACCCAAAUGCACACAGUGCUCUCCACCCUUGCGUCCACCUAUCCCGCCACUACUCCUCCCGGCAUCUCCUUUGUCAGCGUAAACGCUGAAGAGCUCCCAGAGAUCUCUGAAGAAUAUGGCGUUACGGCGGUCCCUUUUGUUGUCCUUGUCCGCGACGGCAAAACCCUCCAAGCUCUUUCCGGCUCCGACGCAGUCAAAGCCCGCGUCGCCAUCGAGCAGCAUGCUGGCGUGGAUGCAACAGGCAGCACUACCGGUGCGGAAAAGCAAUCCAUCCCUCCUCCUCUUCAUGCAGAACCAAGAAAAGAUAUCUCCACUUCCACUCCCAGUACCUCUGAUACCCCUCUCGCUACCACAAACGGUGCAGUCUCAGCCGCCGCCGACCCAUCGCUGCCGCCCACGAAAGACGAGCUCUUCGCCCGUCUCGAUGAGCUAGUAAAGGCCGCGCCAGUCAUGUUAUUUAUGAAGGGAACACCAAGUGCCCCGCAGUGCGGAUUUAGCAGGCAGCUCGUCGGCAUUCUUCGCGAAAAUGGUGUGAAAUAUGGCUUCUUCAAUAUUUUGGCUGACGAGGACGUGAGGCAGGGUUUGAAGGAGUAUGCCGAUUGGCCUACGUUCCCCCAGCUGUGGGUGAAGGGAGAAUUGGUGGGCGGACUUGAUAUUGUCAAGGAAGAAAUCGCCACAAAUCCAGACUUUUUCAAAGACUAUUCGGUAGCACCCCGAGCAUAA